AUGCAAUUCCCAGACGAUCACACUUUUCAUGAUAUGGACCUAGAUUUAUACAACCCUGCGCCGCAUGAAUCCUUUAACAGCUAUUUCCCCGACGUUUACGAUAAUCGAUAUAGCCCCGCGUCAGAGCCAACUUUCAGCUUGAGCACCAGCAGUGCAGAUGGAGAAAAAGAUCUAGGUAUUCAAAAUGCAAACAACGCCUUUCAAACCUCAAACCGCUUACUCGAAGGACGUGAAUUGUAUGAAGGGUCGGGAGUGGAUCAACAAGACCUGGAUCAAUCCCUGCCUAUAGUCAAAUUCACAACCAAGCCACGUUCCUUGAGUAUGACAGUUUAUCCUCAAAACGACUUCAUCAUCCUGGAGUUAAUUUCUGACCACACCUCGGAGAUCGAAAAUCAAGAGCCAAAUCUAUGA